GCCCGCAGCCCGAACAUGGCCACCACGGCAACGUGCACCCGCUUCACCGACGAGUACCAGCUCUACGAGGAGCUCGGCAAGGGAGCCUUCUCUGUGGUCCGCAGAUGUGUAAAGAAAAAUUCUUCACAGGAAUAUGCUGCAAAAAUCAUCAACACCAAAAAACUGUCAGCCAGAGAUCACCAGAAACUGGAACGUGAAGCUCGAAUUUGCCGACUUCUGAAGCAUCCAAAUAUUGUGCGACUCCAUGACAGUAUUUCAGAAGAAGGUUUCCAUUACCUCGUCUUUGAUCUGGUUACUGGUGGGGAGCUCUUUGAGGAUAUCGUUGCUAGAGAAUACUACAGUGAAGCAGAUGCCAGCCACUGUAUUCAUCAGAUACUGGAGAGUGUGAAUCACAUUCACCAGCAUGAUAUUGUGCACAGGGACUUGAAGCCUGAGAAUUUACUACUAGCGAGUAAAUGUAAGGGUGCUGCUGUCAAACUGGCUGACUUCGGACUGGCUAUAGAAGUCCAGGGAGAGCAGCAGGCCUGGUUUGGGUUUGCUGGUACUCCAGGCUACCUCUCCCCUGAAGUCUUAAGAAAAGAUCCUUAUGGAAAACCAGUGGAUAUAUGGGCAUGUGGAGUGAUUCUGUACAUAUUACUAGUGGGGUACCCUCCCUUUUGGGAUGAAGAUCAGCACAAACUCUAUCAGCAGAUCAAAGCCGGAGCCUAUGACUUCCCAUCACCUGAGUGGGACACUGUGACUCCCGAAGCCAAGAAUUUGAUCAACCAGAUGCUGACGAUAAACCCAGCGAAGCGCAUCACAGCUGACCAGGCUCUCAAACACCCAUGGGUUUGUCAACGAUCCACCGUCGCAUCAAUGAUGCACAGGCAGGAGACUGUGGAAUGCUUGAGAAAGUUCAAUGCUAGAAGGAAGCUAAAGGGUGCAAUCCUCACAACGAUGCUUGUGUCUCGGAAUUUUUCAGCUGCCAAAAGCCUGUUGAACAAGAAAUCAGAUGGAGUGAAGAAAAGGAAGUCGAGCUCCAGUGUGCAUUUGAUGCCACAGAGCAACAACAAAACCAGUAUAGUAAGCACUGCAAAAGAAACACCCCCAGUGCAGACGUCCAUGGAGCCUCAAACAACUGUUGUCCAUAAUGCUACAGAUGGCAUAAAGGGUUCCACAGAGAGCUGUAACACCACAACUGAAGAUGAGGAUCUGAAAGCUCCCCCUCUCUCCACCGGGGACGGCAGCUCAGUGCUUGAAGGACGGAGGCACAGUGAGAGCAAAACACAGACUGAGUCCAUGCAGUCCCAGCUUUCUCUCUGUUUCUCAGCCACUACAAAGUCUUGUGAAGAGAAGCUCCAUGCCUGGGACAGCCCAGGGCAGACAUUGGAGUUAGAGCGUGCUCGGUCGGAGCCGUUGCUAACUCCGGUAGUUCCCUUUGUACUUAACCGAGCACCGUUGCGUAAGCAAGAGAUCAUUAAGAUAACAGAGCAGCUGAUAGAGGCCAUCAACAAUGGAGAUUUUGAGGCAUAUACAAAAAUUUGUGAUCCUGGCUUGACCUCAUUUGAACCUGAAGCACUGGGAAACCUGGUUGAAGGAAUGGAUUUCCAUAAGUUUUACUUUGAAAACUUGCUGUCGAAGAACAGCAAGCCGAUCCACACGACCAUCCUGAACCCCCACGUGCACGUCAUCGGGGAGGACGCCGCCUGCAUCGCGUACAUCCGCCUGACGCAGUACAUCGACGGCCAGGGCCGGCCCCGCACCACGCAGUCGGAGGAGACCCGCGUCUGGCACCGCCGAGACGGCAAGUGGCUCAAUGUGCACUACCACUGCUCUGGAGCUCCUGCAGCGCCUCUCCAGUGAGGAUCGCAUACGGGGCUAAGAAAGUGGCAGCAGCCGGAACAUCUUUCAGAAAUGAAGUAAGGGGGAAAGCAAAAGUGAAGGAGAGAAAGAGAGAGGGAGAGCAAGAAAGGAGGCGGCUUGAACAGCGGAUGGCUGAACUGUGCUCCGCAAAGCCAUGGUGGAAGUUAAUACCGCAUUCGGGCUGUGCUGCAGCUACAGUCGGUGAGAGGUGGCAAGGAGACCCCAGAGGAGCCAGUGUUCAAGAGAGAGGAGGUGCUUCUCUUCCUGUUGCCCAGCAGUCUGACUUCAGCCUGUUUAUUCUUCAAUUUCUGCACAGCAAGAACGCUACGGAAACCUGGUUGCUCGGCUGCUGGAUCCCAAAACAGAC